AUGCCUAGCGGGGCAACCUUCGAGUUCGUCCUAGUUACUCAGCGAGGCCAAACCACCAAAGAACGCCAGCUGCAACAGGCCUUUGCUCGUUCGCACGCGGCCAAGGUAUCUCAUUCUUCGAGACAGAGACCAAAAGCCAGCCCGAAGAAGGCGCAACAGUGCGUAGCAAGAGAACCAUGUCUAUCUCCGAUCACCAAACCCGAUCCAGACCUCAGCGUGGCGGCUCUGUCCUCCCCGAGGAGCAUCAUCGGAGACGCCUGGUCUGAUCCAUUCAAUGGUGGCGGCCCCCGUCAGAUACCAAGCGUUGGUCGCAAGAGUCUCGAAUACGUAUACACGGUACUCUGGCCCAAGAACUACCCCGCCGUCAGCGGUCUCACGCUGAAAUCGAUGCAAACCACGUGGCGGAGGAGAGCGAUCGAGGAUCCUCUACAGUUCCAUGCACAAGUCUUCAACGCGACCACCAUGUGUUAUGCCCUUAGCACCGAGCCGAGUACGAUGCUGACGCUGAUGGAUAUACGUCUGAAGCAUCAGACUGCGGCGGUAAAGCUUGUCAGGAAGCGCCUUCAGACAAUGAAAGGCCCGGCGCCAGAGCAGUUGAUUGCGGACAUUAUGCGGCUGGCGGCGCAAGGCGGAGACACAUUUCGUCUUUCGACUUCCUCGCAAUAUCCGGAGACGCCACUUGCGAACGCCUUCGCCCUGAAACCAUAUGGCCGCUUCGAUACGAGCCUGCCUCAGUUCUCGGCGCUCGUCCAGCUAGUCAAGCAGCGUGGUGGCCUGGAGACACUGAGCGUCAGUGUCGGCCACCCUAUUCAAUUGAUAGACAUCGGUGUCGCCGCCAGGUUAGGUACUCGGCCCAGCUUUCCAAUCCGAAGAGACUUCCAAUGCAUGUGCGACAUCGAAGCCGCCAAGCUCGACGGCGAAGCCGUUGCGCUUCUCUUGACCACAGGCCGAGGCUGGCAGGUCUUGCAACAGGACCACCCCGAUAUCCUCAAGCUCGCGCUGUAUGCGAUCCGGCUCACAGCGUGCCUCGACCAGACUCACCGCCACGGCCCAGAACAUCUCUCGUUAAAAGAGCUAGGGAUCCUCGCCACGAUCUUUCAACACGAUCUGUACGAGCUGAACCCCAUACUCGGAGCGGGAGAUCUCAGCCGCGAUCCACUUUCGAACGUCGCCCGACUCGCUCUUCAGAUCUACAGCGAUCUCGUCCUUUUCCCUGCCGCAGAGACGUAUCAUGCGAAAGACCGCCUGUGUCGAGAAUUGUUGGCGACACUGAGGGAGUAUUUCAGUGAUGGAGCCGCUCGGUUCGACGAGCUGAAAGAGCUCGUUCUCUGGGCUGUAGUCUUGGGCGCCGUCGCGUCAGACUCCGGUUAUAAUCGAGAUUGGUAUUUGCGCAGGAUGGUUGGGCUUGUAAUACAGCUCGACCUCGACUGGGACACGUUCAAGACUUGCAUGGAGCAAUUUAUCUGGUGGGACUAUAUGUUCGACGACAGAGUGAGAAAGGCGUGGGAGGAAGCAUGGAAGCUGAUUGGGGAGAGACAAUCAAUGGACUUGCACAAAUGCUCUGACUUUCCGAAGUGGAGGCAAGUCGUCGGCCGCAAGGCGAAAUGGUCCCCUGUCAUGCUCAGGGAGGAAACAGGCUAG